AAAUACGGAAGGUACGGAAGGUGCACCAACCAUCCACAUCGAAAUCUUUCACGCUGCUUUCACGUUAACCAUUUGCCCAUGUGUAUUUGACUUCGGACAUUUUACUGAAAGUUUCAGCCGGAGGAUCUUCAACACAAUCUGAUCAUCACAAAAUCGUUAAAAUGGUGGUCUACUUCAAAAGUGAUGUUGAGAAUCCACCUAUCACUCUGUUCAUGGGAAACGACAAAUAUGAAAACGAAGACCUUAUUAAAUGGGGCUGGCCUGAAGAUGUAUGGUUCCAUGUGGACCAACUCUCAUCUGCACACGUUUACCUUCGUCUAGCUCCAGGUCAAACUAUCAAAGAAAUUCCUCCAGCUGUGUUAGAGGAUGCUGGCCAGCUGGUGAAGGCAAACAGCAUUUCUGGAUGCAAAAUGAAUGAAGUAGAUGUAGUUUAUACAAUGUGGAGUAACCUGAGAAAAACCCCAGAGAUGGACGUUGGUCAAGUUGGGUUCCAUAAUGAUAAAGAGGUUCGUAAACUGAAAAUCUCAAAAAAUAAUCUAAUAGUUAAAAGACUGGAAAAAACUCGUGAAGUGGACCCACAGCCAGAUCUACGGCACCAACGUGAAGAGCGAGACAGGAAUGAAAAAGAAGGGAAGAAAAAACAACAAAAGGAAGAAUUGGCCAAGCAGAAAGAAGAGGAAAGAAGGCGGAAGGAGGAAGCCGAGACUAGGAGUUACACAACCCUUAUGAAAUCUGAAAAUAUGAAGACCAACUUGGAUGGAGGCAGUGACUCGGAUGACUUCAUGUAAAUGGCAUUUUGGUGUGUUAAUUGUAUUAAAAUAUUUCCCAGUUAGUCA